AUGUUAGAGAGAAACACAACUUCCUCCUCUGACUUCACACUCCUGGGACUUCUAGUGAACAGUGAGGCUACAGGAAUCAUAUUUACAGUUAUCUUUGCUAUCUUUGUGGUAGCUGUAACAGCAAACUUGGUCAUGAUAUUCCUGAUUCAGGUGGACCCUCAACUCCACACCCCCAUGUACUUCCUGCUCAGCCAGCUCUCCAUCAUGGACACCCUUUUCAUUUGCACCACUGUCCCAAAGCUCCUGGUGGACAUGGUUUCCACAGAGAAGACCAUUUCCUUUGUGGCCUGCGGAAUCCAGAUCUUUCUCUACUUGACCAUGAUUGGCUCAGAGUUCUUCCUGCUGGGACUCAUGGCCUAUGACCGUUAUGUGGCUGUCUGCAACCCUCUCAGGUACCCGGUUCUGAUGAACCGCAAGGUGUGCCUUCUACUGGCUGCUGGUGCCUGGUUUGGUGGCUCUCUUGAUGGCUUUCUACUCACCCCCAUCACCAUGAAUGUCCCCUACUGUGGCUCACGCAGUAUCAACCACUUCUUCUGUGAGAUCCCUGCAGUGCUCAAGCUGGCCUGUGCAGACACAUCCUUGUAUGAGACCCUGAUGUACAUCUGCUGCGUGCUCAUGCUGCUCAUCCCCAUCUCCAUCAUCUCCGCCUCCUACUCUCUCAUCUUGUUAACAGUCCACCGCAUGCGCUCUGCAGAAGGCCGCAAGAAGGCCUUCACCACAUGUUCAUCCCACCUGACUGUUGUCAGCAUUUUCUAUGGGGCUGCCUUCUACACAUAUGUGUUGCCCCAGUCAUUCCACACGCCUGAGCAGGACAAGGUGGUGUCCGCCUUCUAUACCAUUGUCACGCCCAUGCUUAACCCACUCAUCUACAGCCUCAGAAACAAGGACGUCACAGGGGCAUCUAGGAGGAUAAUGGGUGUUAAGGUCCCCUAUUAUAAUUGGUUCCUGAGACUCCCACAUCCAGCCAGCAUUGCAAUUCACUGUAGUCCAAGGUUCUGGGAGAAGUGGUUGGACCCAAAGAUCCUCUGCAGUACUAGAUCCAGGAGGUGGGUGAGUUCCCCAAGGGAUGGGCCCACAGUGGCAGUCAGGCAACCCGGGCCUGCCGGGGCAGCCCAAGUGUUCCUGCAGAGGGACAGGCCCAGUAGCAGCAGCCCCAGGUGGCUAGGUCAUGCCAGGGCAUCCCAGGUGUUCACAGCCGAGGGGUGGACCCAGCGGGAGCAGUCUGAGGUGACCAUGGCUUGCCAGGCUGGCCCAUGUGUUCCCAUAGAGGAACAGGCCCAGUGGCAGCAGUCCCAGGUGGCUAUCUUGCCAGGGAAUCUCAGAUGUUCCCAUGGAGGGGCAGGCCCCACGGUGACAGUCUCAGAUGGCUAG